GAUUUGUCAUGAUCAGAAACAACGUCAGGAACUCUCUGCGCAUAUCUCUUUCGGUUACACAUUGGUGGCAUCAAUAAGAUCGUAGUCGAUAGCUUAUUUCGCUGUGUAAACCAUGCAGCCACGAUACCCUCCAACACACGGUACCAGUCCCGGCGGUUUAGGAGUUAUGCACCCUAUGUUCACCGACCAGAACUACUAUAGACACGCCGGAUACUCCAGCAUGCCGAUGUCUAUGUACGGACACGACCAGUAUGCUACUUCUAUGGGCAGGCCGUAUGCUGCUUAUUCGGCGCCUCAUCAUACACCGAAGGACAUGGUCAAACCGCCGUAUUCGUACAUCGCCCUGAUCGCCAUGGCUAUACAAAAUGCACCAGAGAAGAAGGUCACUUUAAACGGUAUUUAUCAGUUUAUUAUGGAUCGUUUCCCGUUCUAUCGCGAGAAUAAACAAGGCUGGCAAAACUCUAUUCGCCACAACCUUUCAUUAAAUGACUGUUUUAUAAAAGUUCCCCGGGAUGAUAAAAAGCCCGGUAAAGGUAGCUACUGGUCGCUGGACCCCGAAAGCUAUAAUAUGUUCGAUAACGGGAGUUACCUGCGACGUCGUAAAAGAUUCAAGAAAGUUGACGGAUCGAAAGAAAAGGAUGGAAUAUCACGACGAGUUUCAUUAGAUCAGCAACAACAACAGAACGGCCAACAACAAGAUGGCGUAUCGGCCAGUGAGCAAAGAACCAACAACAGUUCCACGCCUGUCUCCUCUGCUGCGGCGUCGCCACCUUCCUCAAUAGCUUCGACAGAUACCACAAUAACUCUUAUAACUCCAAAAAUAGAGCCUUGUGAAAGAAAUGGCAAUAUUUUAAGCGAGACAUCGGCAACAAAUAAUCGACAGUUGACAGUAGAUGACACACUGGACUCAACGCAAUCUUCCGCCAACUUUAGCGUGGAAAAUAUCAUGACUCCUCUUCGUGACUCACCUAGUUAUAGCAAUACGGAAAUGAACAUUAACUCUGGUACAUCUGCAAUCUCGUCUAGACCAACUCAAUUGAUUUCUCCGCAACCCCAGAGCUAUCGUUCUAAUUCGUCAACGAUAUGUACGCAAUCUAACAGCAUUAACGCUUCCGUCGCGGCACUCAAUUAUCACUGUAGCGCACAUAAUGCCAUGUACGAAGACACGACCGGUAAGCACAUGAGCAUAGCACCAACACCCGACGAACUGCACGCCGAGCACGUCAUCCAGCGGCACAGUCCGCCACACGCCCACAACAUAGGCUCACAUGCAACCCACAGAAGUCACCAGCAGAGCAUACUGCAUCGAGCAAAUGCGUGGUAUCACCAAACAGACCUAGGCUCAACGCCCAUUCACACCACUCAAGCAGGCGGCAACUUCCCGACUGUCAGAGAAAUGUUCGAAUCACAAAGACUCGCCACGUCAAACGCGACCAUUGCACAGUCGCCGACGAAUCCCUCGUGCAUGGGUUACGGAAGUCCGUCUAUUCCGUACCCGGUGACAUCGUAUGCUGCGGCGUAUACGGACUGCAACAAGUUCUAACAUCUCGCGGCUAUCACCGAACAAAAACAUUGCUUGAGAGGGUAAAAAAAAAGAACUUCUGUUAAUCGUCGUCCACAGCUCCCAAGUUGUAAACGGUAACGUCUAUUUAUCUUACCUGUCCGCGCAUAAAGAAACAUAUACACUUGAACAGUUUAAGCCUGUUAUUUGCUUAAAGACAAUUUGUUAAACCUAAUUUUUCUCAUUAAUUUCGUUCCGAUAGAUAUUGCUAGGCACACACGUACCCAUGUUUUUAAACUUACAGACUAUGUAUCAAUUUCUGGUGACUAUAUAUGUUUGCCUUUUUUGUUCCAUGUGUUUUUCUUGGGCAAUCCAGUUGAUGACAUUGCUUGGACAAAUAGACACAGCUUGUAACUUCCAAGGUGUUCUUGCCCAAGACUAGCUUGUCUCUUAGCAGAGGUAUGGGGUAAGACUCUUACAUACUGAUAAUUGAAAUCAGGUGCAUGGUCUUUUUUUAUGGAUGAAAAAAACUGUUAUUUCCAUAUUGGUUUAUUUUGGACAUGUUAAAAAAACAUGCACAAAAAAAUAAAACGACUAGAGAAGCCAGGUGAAUUUUUAAUAUUUUACGUAAUAUUUCCUAUUUUAGUAUGGAAAAAUAAUUUCUCAGGUUUUUAAAGUGGGGCGAUCAAACGUAUAAAUAUGGGUUUCCGUGCUUCAUCUUUCUCUUAUCCCAUUUUUUAUAUAGAUUUCCAAUUUAUAUGGGGUUCCACUUCUUUUGAGUUUAAAAGUGAAAGAUACAGUGGUGUUACUUACUUCAAAUUUGAAGGACUUCAAGGAGACUAGUUAUAAACAGUCGCCAGUCCCUCCAUGUUGUUUAAAUGCAACCCAAACUCGUGUCAAUGAAGCCAAUUUCUUGUAUAAAAGUGGCAUUUUUUUUUUCAUUCCGCGAAGAUUGGGGCAUUUAGUCUAAUAGCCACGUUUAUACGUGUUGUGUGAAUUAAUAGUUGUUUUAGUAUUUUUAUAGCGCAGGUAAAAAUCAAAUCAGGGUAUAAUUUAUUGACAAAAAUACGAAAGGAAAUUUUUUUUAUUGGUUUGUUAAAAUAGCCCGGAGUGAUCAAAAACAGUAUUUUCCAGCCUCAAGAAAGAGGCUUUAAUUUAUUAGGUACCGUUCUAGUCCAGUACAAACAUAUAACGUUGGACUGGUUUAUAGGAAUCUAUCUAUAUUGGCUUUAAGAAAAUACACAGUAUGGCCUUUCAGACUCAUUAUCUCGUCGUUGCAAAAUCAACAGUAAGCGUUGAACCAUUGCAAGAGGGCUCUCGUUGGCGAUCUCGCCAGGUUUUAUGUUAUUUUGUUUCUGUAAUUUAUGGUUCCCACAGCAAUUUUCGUGUUCGUCGACAAAAUAAAUCAUCAUUUUCUUUGUUUCGAUUGAAA